GGAUUCCCACAGGUCCACACAGCAGAAACACACCUGCCCAAAACAAAUAUCUCGACGACUUAAAAAAAAGUAUAGCACCUAUAGAACGUCUGUUCUAAUUUGCUUCUUAACCUACAAAACUACUUCUUGUGCUCAUCACUUUGUGGUUUCCCCCCAUUCCGUUUACUUUUCACAAAAAACAAAGUCUUUGUUUAUUACUUCCUUUUAUCGUCUUCUUAGCAACAGAAAAUGGACAAGGAGGAGUUACUUGAUAGAUUCUGUAAUGAAACUGGUAUUGACUCUACACAAGGUCGUUUUUUCCUGGAGUCAUCGAAUUGGAACUAUGACUUAGCUCGUAUGCUGUUUCGUGAAGUUUUGCCUACGGAGUCUUCACAAUCGUCCUCUUUGGAGAGUGGUUCGUCUGCACAUGCUACGGGAAAGGCUUCAAGCGCACAACAUGGACAAUCCUCUCAGGCGAAGCCUUCUGCCUCUUCUUCAAAACCUCGAAACCAACACAAAAAGAUUGCAACGUUCCGAGACCUGCGGAAUGAUGAGAGCGAUGAAGACAAUGACAAUCCUAACCUCUUUACCGGAGGAGAAAAGAGUGGUCUUUCCGUUCAGGGAAACAACAACGAUUCCAAAAGACACCUUAUUCAACAAAUCUUUGAGAAGGCUCGUCAACAGGGCUCAGUAACUCCACCCGGAGCAGAAAACACGGCUAGUGCAUCUCAUUGGACUGGUCAUGGUACUCGUUUGGGCACAUCGGCUUCUCCCUCUGCCUCCGAACCGGAAACACAUGCUCCGUCGUCGCAACCUGCCUCUGCUGCUGUCUUGCCCACCGUAGAAAGAACACUGAACUUCUGGAAGAAUGGUUUUAGUGUUGAUGAUGGUCCACUGUACAAUUAUGAUGACCCCCUCAAUCAAGAGACGCUUCGACUCAUCAAUUCUGGUCGUGCGCCCCUGGGACUUUUAAACGUUGCUCCUAACCAACCCGUUAACGUAAUUGUUCAACGUCGUAUGGACGAGGAAUACCAUCCCAAAGCAAAACCAUUUUCGGGCAAGGGACAACGUUUGGGUUCUUCCCUGACUAGCACACCGAUCGCUGCCCCGUCCCGUCCCUCAACUUCUGUUCAAAGUAACGUUUCUUCAGAGACCUCUGCUCAACACAGUCCUAUUCAAGUUGACGAAGCCAAGCCUUCUACUCGAAUUCAAGUUCGCAUGCUAAAUGGUUCUCGCGAAGUUGUUCGCCUUAACCUUUCGCAUACAAUUGGUGACUUGUACACAGCCGUACGUUCCCGUUCCGCAGAGCAGUCUUUCAUUCUUUGCGUACCUUUUCCCGCGAAGACAUUGGACAACAUGGACAUGAGCAUUGAAGAAGCACAAUUGAAAAAUGCUUCUCUCGUUCAAAAACAUACUUAGCUCUCCAGCGUUAUAAUGAUUUUACAGCUGUUUAUGACAACUUCUCCGAGAUUCAAACGGAAAAGCAAAGAGAGUCGGACUCUUCGGAAACAAUGGAUUUAACCAAAGUAGUUCCCGCUACUGACAAAAUUUCUCAAACCGAAAAUCCUUCUAUGACUCACUUCAUUUAUUAACGUGUCUAAUGGAUGACUAUCAAAAAAGGAACAGACCUCAAGUUCUCAAAUUUCUAAGCAAUAUGUAAAUGACAUUAUGUAGCAGUUGCACAUACUGCUAAUGAGGCUGUCACUUUUUUUUCUUUUUUUUUUAUAGUUUGAAGUGUAUCUCAACUUAAUGAAGAAAUUAUGUCCUAAUGACUUGACAAACCCCGUAA